AUGUCUCCGUCUUCGAAGCUCCGCGAAUUCGUAAACGAGCCAAUGCGUGACAAGCACGUGUCGUCAGUUGCAGGAAUUGCGCACGAAUGCAGUGAUACACUCGUCGGUCUCGGGUUCGAUAAGGCUUAUAUUCUGUUCGGACAAUUCCUCAUUUACAGAAAGGAAAGAUCUGCUUUCAUCGAAUGGCUUGUUGCCACAACUGGAAUUGGCAUUAGUAAUGCCAUAGCAGCUUACGAUUGCCUGAGCGAAUGGUCAGAAAAGUUUUUGUAA